AUGCAACAACCUCGACAGCUCUCUCAGGUAGCACCGUCGCACUAUUCCAGCCCGUAUGAGAGCCCCCAGCCGGGGCUAUAUCAACAAACUGCGCCGCCUAGUCGCAAGCGCAGUUUCCAGGAGGAAUACGAGUACGAUUAUCAAGGCAUCCAGCAAUUGCAGACCCAUUCUAUGAGCAGGGGGACACACAGCCCUGCGGAUUUUGCUAUCCCUGUUCAACAGCAUCAACCUGGAGCAUCGAUGUACCAGUACCCGGCUUCGCGACGACCAUCAACACAGCAAUCUCUCGAGAAUGUGUCUACGCAGUCUGCGUCACACAACCAAGCACAACAGCAGCAUCAUCAUCACCGUCUGCCGAAUCAGCAACCGCCAAACAAGAUGCGGAGGACCUCGCCCAGCGAGGGUGGGUCCGUAAUGGACGACGAUGACGRUCUUGGACCUCCAAGUGUCGUCGGACAACCUGGCAUGCCGGCUCCAGCGGUUCGACCCAAGGGACCGAAGCUAAAGUUCACCCCUGAAGACGAUGGUUUGCUUGUGGAGCUUAAAGAAACGAAGAACCUUACCUGGAAGCAGAUUGCUGAUUUCUUCCCGGGAAGAAGUUCGGGUACUUUGCAAGUGCGGUAUUGCACCAAACUGAAAGCUAAGACAACGAUAUGGACUGACGACAUGGUCCAUAAGCUGCGCAUGGCGAUUCAAGAGUACGACAACGACCGCUGGCGCAUCAUCUCGGGCAAAGUCGGAAACGGCUUUUCUGCUGGUGCAUGCCGCGACAAAGCAAUUGAGCUGGAGGUUGAAAUCGCUGGAAACUACAGCAUGGCAGCCGAAUACAGCCAAAACCCGGCCGAAUAUACUCAGAAUCCGGCUGAAUACACUCAACACCCGGGAGACUUCUCGACAGAGACUUGA